CAUAUCUAACCACGUCACAUCAAACUUUACCGGAGGUCCGAACCCUUGUUCCUGUGCAACGAAUCAAACAAAACGAGUGAUUACUUUCUCACAGUCCUCCCGUAAUGCUUUCUAUCUCGCAGGAGCCCCGAUCUGGAUGAUCGUACUAUUCAUACCUGACAGAGUAAGCACGCCUGCAGUUAUCAACUUCCGUCUGCGACCAUAGCUUUUAAAAUAUUCGGACCUUCUUUUGGUGCGGGUUGUGACAAUGUCGACCCCUGCUAGGAAGAGGCUGAUGAGAGAUUUUAAGAGGUUGCAGCAAGAUCCACCUGCAGGAAUCAGUGGCGCCCCUCAGGACAACAAUAUAAUGCUCUGGAAUGCUGUCAUAUUUGGUCCCGAUGAUACUCCAUGGGAUGGAGGAACGUUUAAGUUGACGCUCCAAUUUACAGAAGAUUAUCCAAACAAACCACCAACUGUACGAUUUGUCUCUCGAAUGUUUCAUCCAAAUAUUUAUGCGGAUGGGAGUAUUUGCUUGGAUAUAUUACAAAAUCAGUGGAGCCCUAUAUAUGAUGUAGCUGCUAUACUCACAUCUAUCCAGUCACUGCUUUGUGAUCCCAACCCAAAUUCUCCUGCAAACUCAGAAGCAGCUCGAAUGUUCAGUGAGAACAAGCGUGAGUACAACCGAAGAGUGAGGGAAAUUGUGGAGCAGAGCUGGACAGCUGACUGACAGACUAAGCCCCAAUCCACGUACACUUGUGGGCAUUCUUCCUGUCUGAAGCUAUUGAUGAAUUAUUAAGUUAUGCUGCGACCGUUAUGAAUCAUUGUGCAAACUUAUCAACUUAUUUGCUUUAUUCAUCACUGUUGUGCAUCUUAGGAUCAUUUCAUCUUUUAAUUGAUUGCAGUUUUUGCAUUGUUCAUGUCAGAUUAUGUAAAAUAGAUGUUCUGUGUAUCAAUUUGCAUUGAAUUGUUGUCAACGUGGCUGAAUACAAAGUUUCAGUUUGAUGAA